AUUUUAUUUCGACAUUUUUCUUCAGAGUUAGGUGGCCAACUGGGUGUCAAGUUAGUUUACUGAUUGUUGUUUUGGUGUUAGCCACGUUAGCCAUUAGCUGGCUUAACCGAAAACGGAAACCUGCGCGCUAAUUAUCUUAACAUGACCCCUAAUUUCGUGACAAGCGUGUGAUUACCUGCCUGAACCCAUGUUGGCUGAAGGCUGGGACGCCAGUCAGGGCUCCGCCAGCGCCUUAGACGAGCGGGCGAACAUGAGGAGGAAGGUGGCUAAAGUGGGCCGGUUGAGGCUGAGCCCGAACGAGGAGGCACGGCUGAUCAGAGAGGAGCAGGAGAGGAGAAGGAGGCUUAGGCUGCAGCAGGUGCGGGAGCAGGAGCGCUGCAUCGCAUUGCAGAUCCGCAAGGAGGUGCGGCAGCGCAGAGACUGUGAGCUCCAGAGGCUGGCUGAGGAGCUGAGGGGGGAGUGGGUGGGGCAGCAGGAGAAAAGGGUUCAAGCCCUGCAGGAGCUGUACGAGGAGAGCCUGGGGGCUGUAGGAGAAAGCUACAAGAGUGCCAAGGAAAAUGAACCAGACUGGGAGGCACUGGUGCGGCAGGCAGGGGAGAAUCAGGAGCGGGCAGAGCGGCGGCACAGGGCAGCGCUGACGGAGCUCAGGUGGCAGAGGGAGCGACAGCAGGAGGAGCAGUGCCGGCGCGCCGAGGCCCGGAGGAGGGCCAUGCUGACAGAGAAGGAGAGGGCAGCCAAGGUGACCAGCCUACCGCCCCCGCCACCAGAGCCCAUUCAGAGUAUGGAUUUGAAGCGCCCCCCUGUGGCGAAAGUGCCCAGUGCAGCUAGAUACUCUGUCACGCAUUACCAUCUACCUGACGCGGCUGUGGAUUGUGAAGUGAGCACUGAUCAGCGUGAUGCCCGGCUAGCGGCGGCGGAGGAGGGGCAGCGCCUAGCAGAACUGGAUGAGGAGGAGGAGCGGGAGCGGAGGGAAAGGCAGGAGAAGGCUCAUCUUAGGGGGCAGCAUGCUUUGAGGAAGGAGCAUCUCGCACAGGACCGUGAGCGUUUCCUGCAGCAGCUGGACCGCCUGCAGCAGGUGGAGCUGCUCCGUCGCAGGCAGCAGCUGGACCGCAUGCCCCUGCACAUCUUUCAGCCACCCCACCGAAGGCAGGAGAGGCAGCGGGACCUGGAGGCUGCCUUUGAGGACUUGUAUGCCGGAGAGAGAGGAGUGAAAGGUGAUCAGGUCCUGCAUCUCAUACCAGAGCCACUUCUCGCCACGUCUCUGGACAGCCGGGACGAGGAUCUGGACGUGACCCUGGAGCCCAGCGUAGAGGAAGCGACGGAAGGAGAGGAGAGCCGGCCUGCAAUUUCGCCUGCUGAAGAACAAGCUCAGCCUUCUGAAGCGCCCCCUAGAGACAUACUAAAGAAGCUUCUGGAAAGGAUUCGGGCGCAGAGGACCCGGCAGGGCAGCCGGAGUGGGAGCGGGAGUGAGGUGACGGCUGGGGACAGCAUCACUAUCGAGAGUGGCUCGCUGAGCAGCGAGAACAGGGAGCAGGCCCGGUCCCCAAGUCCAACGCAGAUCACUGAAGCUGACCCCCAGCCAGCCGCUCAAGUUUCAGGCCGUGAGGUGACAGAGAACUCCAGUGUUGCAGAAACUCCGCGGCAUCACAGGGGUGCGGCGGUGCAGGCAGAGCAGAGGAAGCGGGAGGCUGAGCUGGAGCAGCAAAAACAGGAGCAGCUGAAGCUUUUGGAGGAGCUGGAGGAGCAGCGGCGCAGCCUGGAGCUCCAACUGGGGCAGGCGCGCCUGUCAGCCGAGGAUUCUGGGAAAUUCGGCCCAGCCGGGUCGCCUGCUGACUUUACUGAAUCACAGCAGCGGAGUGCUGGCCAGGAAAGCCAGCCGGUUACUGCUGAGGAUGUGCACUCCAGGAGAAUCCGAGAGCAUCAGCGGCGUCUCCUGGAACGAAACCGGCUGCACCAGCAGUCAGUAGACCAGGCCCGCCGACGUCUGGAGGAGUACCAGGGCCUGCUGAAGAUGAAGUACCCCAGCAUGGGCUCGCAGGCCAAACUCCCCCUCCCUGCACGGGGGGCCCUCUCUGCUCUGACCGCACCUCCUGCCACAUUCGUCUCACCUCCCUCCGCUCCCCCGCUCGUCCCAGGCACUUCCUCCCCGAGCGAUCACCCUGUGGGUGCUCUUUCUGGCCUGCCCACACGAGAUUCACCUUCUGCCGCAUGUGAGAUCAUGCUCCCCUCCCUUAUCGAGGGGGAGCCCCCCCGGACCAUGUGGCCAACCCAGUUUACAGGGCUGCCAGCGGGGGGCGGUCCGGAAGCCAACCUGCUAGUGCCGGAACACAGAGCCGUGGCGUCCCCACAGAGCCCGGGGCUCUCACUGCUGCUGGGAGAGACAGAGUCUGUGCCUGACCAGACCCCCACACCAGAUAAACAGGAGCUUGGGCAGAGCCAGGCCGUCCAGGGGCCCCGGGGCCAGACGGACCAGACAAUCAUGGAGUGGGCAGGGGCUCCGCGGCCUGCUGCUGCCCUUGGCCAGCAGGAGGCACCGGAGGGCGCCCUGCUCCAGCAGCAGUUGUUAGAGCAGAUGGCGCUACAACAAGAGGACCGUGACGAAGAGGACGAUGAAGCCCAGCUCUCCAGCGCACAGCUCUCCUCCACCCUGAUGUCUGCCUCGCUGGAAGCUGUGCAGAAGGACACCUUCCACCACACUCUCCUGGAUGGUGCCGUCCUUCCUGCCCCCUCGUACAGCGCUGUCUCUAACUCCAUGACUCACAGAGACCUCAGGAGCGCCCCCUGUCUCCACACCCCCAAGCCACCACUGGCACGGUCCAGACUGGGCAUCCUGGAGAUGAUCGAGCAGCACGAGCUCAGUGCUAUCCAGGAGGUCGAGACGCCAGCCAACACCAGCCUUGCUACAGUGGGUAGGGAGUCACCGGAGAAAUCCUGCCCCAUAGAAGAAGCAGGGGAAUCUGAGGGCCCGUCCCACACAGAGAGGAGGCUCAACGCCCGUCCUGGUGGAGGCUGGGGGGGCUCCUCGGAUCCGGCCCGUACCAGCUCUGCCCGGCGCUCGUGGCGGGAUUGGCUUCAAAUGGAGGCCGGCCUGCAGCUACGGCCAGAUCCUGCACCAGCUCGCAUGUCCACGGACGGCCCAUGUCUGCCAGAAUGCCAACGAGGCGCUGACACGGGGGCCGAUGUGAAGUCCGGGGGUGGGCUGCUGCUUGGGCCUCCCCAGCGCCCUGUGUUCAGCAGCUCUCCUUCGUCGGUGCGUCUCCACACUGAGCCAGAAUUCUCCACCUCCAUUUCUACCGGAAGCUUCUCCACCGCCGAGCCGGACCUGAGCUCCGGUGGAACGCCCCCCUGUCCUGCUUCCCGGCUCGCUCCGGAGGACGCGCUUGGCAAUUCUGCAGACAUCUCACCCGCUUCCUGUGGGUCCAUCUCACAUGACUGCAGUGUCCAGCGAAUCAUUCACAAGUACAUCAAAGAGCUGAAUGAUUCCCUGUAUCUGUCUGGAAGCUCCUCAGUCCCACUUUCAGGGAGAUCUGAUUUUGAUUUGGGGGAGUCUUCGUCCUUUAUGUCCCUGCCUGGGCCCCGUAACCAGCAAAACAUGGUGCUGGUCUCUGGAGCCGACUCACCUGACCAAAUGCUCUGGAGCCAGGACAGUUUGCAGGAUUUUAGCAUCUCCACACCGGGUCAGAUGCUCUGUGACGGCUCCACUUCCUAUCUUCAGGAAGCACGCGACGUCGACUUGGGAAGCGUGUCUUACAGCUCGUCCAAUCGUUUUCUCCCACUGGAGCCUAGGCUUGAUUCCGACUCUUCGUCAUCCUCUUCCUCCCGUCGCCAGGGGGGACCGGGGCAGAUACGAAGACCUGAGGAGUGGGACUCCGCCAUGCGCCGGGUCAUCGAGCAUCUCUCGGAUCAUUCGUCAUCUCAGUGCCAGGGGGAGGGAACGGACUCGCGUCUGAGCCUGCUGAUUAGCCAGCUUCUCAGUCAGUCCUGCUCCUGGCUGGAAGGGGAUGCUUCUACUAGUCGGGAGAACGAUGUCACAGCAGGUGGAUGUGGGGUCCAGUCCCCGCUGCUGGUGGAUACUGACUCUUCAGGGCCCCUGGAAACAAGCGGCGAUGUAAUCCCAUCUGAGAGCUGCAGGCCUCAGCAAUUUCCCUUGGUGGAGGAUUCCACCCCAGAGCAGCGAUAUGGUGAGGGGCUUGAGCCCGACUUACAGGGGCAGGACACUGAGAUACUGGGGGAAGCUACGUCAGACUCUUUCCACCCGCUAUUGGUUGAGACGACAGCCAAUGAGACAGCUGAGCAGUCACUGUUCUUUCACGCUCCCUCCAAGAGCUCUGUGGUGUCGCGAUCCCCUGACCCACACUGGGAUCUGGAGCUAUCCCCUGAAUGUCUGAGGAAUGAGCCGACGGGCACCUCCCAGUGCUCCCCCCCACCCCUGUGUGGCUCCUUCCUGCUGGCCUCCCCCCGGAGCUCUGUGUGCAGCCUGGCUCUCGUGGAGGACCGUCCCCCGCAGCCCGACAGGCCCCUAACCCUGUCCACAGAGAGGGGACCCUCAUGCAAGCAUGACUUGGGCAAGUGUGACUCCCUCAGGACCUUCACGCCCCAUAACCUCGAUGCUCAGGAACCACAGGAGAAUGUCAUGCCUGGGCCUGGGCCAACCUCGCCCGUCUGGGACAGAAUACUGGAGACGGACCAGGAGAGGGGGAUCCUGGAGGAACCCGAGCUGACGUUGGUGAGCCUGGGAGAGACCACCCUGCAGGAGGAAGGGGAGGGAAAGGAGUGGACCACGGAGGUGGAGGAGGGGUGUCAGGCCUUCCCGCUGAAUCAGGCCCAGCAGACCUGCAAGGUGGCUGGAGAUGACAGCAGCUGGAGAGCUGAGUCAGAGACGUCCCACGCAGUCGCGCUGCUGGAGGUCGAGCUGCCCGGCGGCACCUUGCAGGAGCUCUUUCUGCAGAAGCGGCAGGACUUUAUCCGCAAGUCAACCCAGAGGCAGGAGAAGCUGAAGGCCAGGAGAAGCGCAGAGAUGCAGGCACGUGCCGACCAGCCUGCACCCACAAAGGGACCGAGGGUCAAGCCCCCGCAGGACCCCGCCAGUGACGUGGUGCCCAAAGCAGCUGGACUUGAGCUGAAGAAGGUGGCAGAAGUGACCGUGUGUGGGGCAGAGCAGAGGAGGGCGGCGGGCGCAGAGAUGUACCAGAGAACUGAGAGGUUAUAUAACCAGCUGGAGGAGGUGAGGCGGCGCAGGGAGGCGAACAUGCGGCAAGAGGCCUGCGCCAAAAAUAGGGCCAGGGCCAAGGAGUUCCACAAGAAGACGUUGCUGAAGCUGAGAACACAGAGCCUCCCGGUGUGAACCAGGCUUUUAGCAGUUUUCUAGUCUCUGCUUUUGUCCUUGAAAUCAGUGUGUUUUUAACUGUUUAAUAAUUCCAUGUACAAUUUGUUCUAAUUAAAUUCUCAUAGACAUAUAGACACAA